AUGCUCGGCCUACCUGCUACAACUCUCGAUGAUCCGUAUGCAGCAAAGCACAAGUUCGCCCCUGAGGAAUCUCCUUGCGACUACCUUGAACGUCGUCACAGUCAGAUAAUACGCUGCAUCGCUACUAGGAACGAGAGCAUCCAACUUGAGGACUACGGUGUCACGCAACAAAUUGACCAAAUGCUGCAGACACAGCGGCCUGCAACCAUAAGUGAAGGGGAAAAGCUUGAAACCACCCUUCGGAUUCUAUUCCAGAUUACGCACUUCAAUCUGCUGAUCCUCCUACAUUUCCCGUACAUGCUACGGUCCAAUUGCCGCGCGGAUCACGAAUACAGCAGAGCGGCGCGUUCAAACGCAAGCCGCGAGUUCCUGAGUCGAUACAUCAAGUUCAGGUGCGCGAACGAGAUCUCGUUCUGUUGCAGAGCCAUUGACUUCUCCGCUUUCACGGCGUGCCUCAUCGAAGAAGUCAUUGAACUCAUGUUGGAAGUGGAUCAUUCCGAUAGUGGCUCUCUACUGGAGCAAACCGCUUCUAUAUUUAAAGCCUUGUUGGAUAUGGAAGCGGAUGCUGCUAGUCGCUCGGCAAGGUAUUUGAAGAGCCCAUCUGCUGACAGCUCCGGAGAUGCUUGUCGUACUAGUCGGUGCUUGCGGAUCAAAGUUCCUGCCCUUGGCACUAUCAACAUCACACGUCAUGGCAUGUCCUUGAUCUCAGGACAGUCUGCAUAUUACAAGGCGAAUGAGUAUGUGGAAUCGGGGAAUGGGGCCUUCGAUACAACUGGCGGAGUCGAACAGGUCCAGGAGGAACAGCUCCAUCUCCACGAACAUGCAACUUUGCGGAACGAAGGUCUUCAGCACACGAGCCACUACACCAAUUACCCUACGUUUGAUUCAGGGGUGGAUGAGAUGGACUGGAGUUGGCAAGAUGCUCGUAGCAUCUUACUUGGGCCGACUUCGAACGAAAUGACAGAUUCUUCAAGAGAUCCGCAAGUCAAUUGUCUGGGCAACGAGUUCUUCUUCAGUAUCUAG